CGUCCUGCAACAUGGUAAGUGUCCAGGAAAGCAGCAGUCUGACUGUGGGACGGGAGCUGAAAGUGAACAUCACAGGCUUCUUCUGCUCUGAGGACAUGCAGCUCGAGCUUCUGACCGUGACGGAUUCGUAUUCCACACCUCCUCUACACACCACAGCAGACAUCACUGAAAGGGCCUUCAACACGACAGGAACCCAGACCAAGCUUCUCUUUACCUGUGGCAGUCACACCCAGAGUGUGUCAUGUGAAGGUGUUCAACAACAGGGUCGCAAACAUGCAGAAUGUCCCUCAGCCGGCCUCCAGUUGUCCUCCCUUGUCCUCGGUAUGGGAACCAUGUUUAUGGUCAUCAGCCUCUGCCUGGGCUUCUGGAGCAUCUGCAGAUACUGCCCUAGUUCAGGUGGACGCACAAAUGAAAAUCACGAAAGUGACGACCCAGAUAAACCAGCACCGGUAACAUCAAUUGGUUCAGGGCCUGGAGAAAUUGGCUACGCGUCCUUGAAGAGAAGAAAGGACUACACUGCCACCUUCUAUGACAUGGUUGAGGAUUAUAUGUAA